AUGUCGACUAGCGACGUCGCCGACUUUAUGCCAGCGUUGAAGACUACCAAGGCUUAUCCAUCGCUCUGGAGGCCAAAGGUUGUGCGAAACCCGCUGUAUAAAAAGACGCCCGGAGAUGCUCAGGCUUCUACUGCGCCCUUCGUGCUCGCAUCGCACGCUCCGACUUACUCGAACAGAUUGAAGACGGCAACCCCGAAAUGGAGUCCGAGGAGCGUGCCGUGUUAUUGUGACUUGUCCGACAAUCGUGCUCUGGCCGAAGUCCUUGAGCAGCUCGACAUAUCCCCGGCCCUGUCGAAACUCAAGGCUGAUCAUCUACUCAGCCACUUUGCGGAGGUUGCGGAGGAUGACCGCAUGGCUUCCCUGGAUUGUCUCGUUCGGAUCAUUGAUAGUCUCUCGGAUGAUAAGAAGAUGUCCUUGCAAUCCGCCAUACAGAAUUCCCUCCCUGCAAAGCUCCAGAUUCUCGAAAAUCGUGUCCUUCCGUCGGUCAUCACGCCUGGUAUAGCGGAUGUGGGACUCGUCACUGUGUAGAUUAUAUACCUUGUACGUAUACAAACCAGAAUGAUACCUGCCAGUGACGUGGCAUUGACGCGACAUCCCAGCUGCAGAGGGUUUGGUGUAGGUAACACGGUGCACU